AGCCUCUAAAGGGAUUAGAAGGACGGUGGGGGCUUCCAGAUAAGGAGUCAGAAGGAAGGAGGGAGCUGGGCUUAGUCAGGGCUUGCCUUUGAGGACUACAAAGAGGAGAGAGCACAUGGAAACUGAAGUCCACGGUUGCUAAUCUAGGCGAGGAAUGUUGGCCACUAGGGAGAAAUACAGAACAAGUAUCAAAUGAGUACACUCCAACUAGGACGGAUGCUGUUUGUCUUUCACAAUGAGGAGCUGGGAGGAGUACUAGCCAUUGGUGAAUUCCCAGGAGUAAUGAUUAAUCAGUGUAUAUGCACUAUAUGAAGACCAAGACUGGAAGAAAGAACUAUCAGAGUAUCUUUGGCAUAAGAAAUUUCGAAAUAAUGCAAAAGGUGUCCCAAGGCUCCUGACCAGUGAACAGAGAUUUGAGAAAAACAACCAAGCUCAUGUUUUCUCCUGAUCAAGAAAAUCAUCCAUCCAAAGCACCAGUAAAAUACGGUGAACUCAUUGUCUUAGGGUAUAAUGGGUCUCUCCCAAACGGCGAUAGAGGAAGGAGGAAAAGUAGGUUUGCUUUGUUUAAAAGACCUAAGGCAAAUGGGGUGAAGCCCAGCACUGUGCAUAUUGCUUGUACUCCUCAGGCUGCAAAGGCAAUAAGCAACAAGGACCAGCAUAGCAUAUCAUACACCUUGUCUCGGGCCCAGACAGUGGUGGUUGAAUAUACUCAUGACAGCAACACUGAUAUGUUUCAGAUUGGUCGGUCGACUGAAAGUCCCAUUGACUUUGUAGUAACUGACACAGUUCCUGGAAGUCAAAGUAAUUCUGAUACACAGUCAGUGCAAAGCACCAUAUCAAGAUUUGCCUGUAGAAUUAUAUGUGAACGGAAUCCCCCAUUUACAGCACGGAUUUAUGCUGCAGGAUUUGACUCAUCAAAAAACAUCUUUCUUGGGGAGAAGGCUGCCAAAUGGAAGACAUCAGAUGGACAGAUGGAUGGCUUGACCACCAAUGGCGUUCUUGUUAUGCAUCCACGCAAUGGGUUCACAGAAGACUCCAAGCCUGGAAUAUGGAGAGAAAUAUCAGUGUGUGGAAAUGUAUUCAGCCUGCGUGAAACCAGAUCAGCUCAGCAGAGAGGGAAAAUGGUGGAAAUUGAAACCAAUCAGUUACAAGAUGGCUCAUUAAUUGACCUCUGUGGUGCAACAUUGCUGUGGCGUACUGCAGAAGGCCUUUCCCACACUCCUACCGUGAAGCAUUUAGAAGCUUUAAGACAGGAAAUCAAUGCAGCACGACCUCAGUGCCCUGUAGGGUUCAACACACUAGCAUUUCCUAGUAUGAAGAGGAAAGAUGUUGUUGAUGAAAAGCAACCAUGGGUGUAUCUGAACUGCGGCCAUGUGCAUGGCUAUCAUAACUGGGGAAACAAAGAAGAACGUGAUGGAAAAGAUCGUGAAUGUCCUAUGUGUAGGUCUGUUGGUCCCUAUGUCCCUCUGUGGCUUGGAUGUGAAGCUGGAUUUUAUGUGGACGCCGGCCCUCCAACCCAUGCGUUUAGCCCGUGUGGGCAUGUGUGUUCAGAAAAGACAACUGCCUACUGGUCCCAGAUCCCGCUUCCUCAUGGUACUCAUACUUUUCAUGCAGCCUGUCCCUUUUGUGCACAUCAGUUGGCUGGUGAACAAGGCUACAUCAGACUUAUUUUCCAAGGACCUCUAGACUAACAGACCAUUGUCCUCCAGGACUACAUUAUACAUUUAUAAGCUAAGUGAUUUGGGUUUUCCAACCUGUUGUCCACAUCACAGUUUUUCUGCUCUGGUCAUUUGCAUUAAGAUGAAGAAUUUUUUUAAACAUUUAUAAUAAAUAGUAGCAAUUUCUGAGCAAAAAUCUGGGAAACUCAAGCAAAGGAAUUUCCAAAAGUACCAGACUUCUGAAUUCUGAGUUUUGAAAAUAUAUUUUGAGGAGAAAAAGACAUAGUCUAAUUUGAUGCCUUCAUUUUAGUGUUUUGAAUCACCCAUCCUCAGUGCUGAAAAAUUGUUUUGUAUAACUGAGGGUACUGUUGGUUCAAACUAUGUUAGUUUACAGUUUGUUGCAAACAUUGUAAAAUACAGCAACAUGUAUAUUAACUUUUUUUCUAUUUAUCUUUAUUAUAGAAAAUACCUUAGAAUGUUCUUGGUAGAGUAGCAUGGUAACGAUGGUCUCACACUCUUGGUGUGAAUGGUAGUUUAGCAAGCAUAGCUCAAGGAUUUGCAAAGUUAAGAAGAAGGACAAGAGAGCCUCUCUCCCCACCCCCAUCUAAAUAUGAAAUUUGGUAAAUUAGAAUACUUUGUAAAACAAAAUUCAUAUUAAUUACCAUUAUGUAAGAGGUGUUUGUUUUUAACCACAUUGAAGAUAAUCGGGAAAGAUUUUUUUCCUUAAUGUUUCUCCCAAGUGUAGUACUAUAACAAAAACUUAAUGCUAAGAAACAUUUCACAUGCUCCUUUGAAUAUGCAAUUUAAUCUAGAUUAUCUAUUUUUCUCCCAUGAUAACUAAUCUGUUUUUAGUAUCAGCAACAUUUGGCAAGUUUAUUUUUUAGAUAUAAACUGUGGUUCAUCUGUUCACUGUUUCUAGAAAAAAAAUCAUUCCCAUGAGAAAAAGCAUAAAUAACAAGAAAGGAGAGUGACUUGAUUUGCUUUUAGAAAAAGAAAUGCUUAAUUAACUAUCCUGUAUUUGGACUUAUUUAGGUAAGAAAUUUAGAGAUAUAAAGGGUUGAAUGACAACAGUGCUCUUUUUUUUUAAUCUAACAGACCAGCCUUAACUGUGGGCUUGAAUCCUAAAAGGACAGUUGCCACAGUGUGACUCAAGGAAAUGCUUGGUUGGCAAAUGAGCACCAGUGACAGCCAAAUGGAGGGACAUACUUGCAUGGUCAGUUUAUUCUCUAAUUCCAGUAAGUUCUUUGCUUUUAGAAGCAAGAAAACAUUUCUUCUCCCCUCCCCUACCCCCCCCCCCCUUUUUUUUAACACACCACAAGGAAAGUAUAGACAGUUGCACUACAUCAAACUCUUUGUGACACUUGUAGAAAUCAGUACGCUUUUAGAUUAGACAGAAUCAUUUUUUUAAUCUUUUGUUUUCCUUUAGUUCGAAAAGUUGUAUUAUACUUAAUUGACUCUAGCAAAAUUUUGUAUGUGGUAGCACAGCUUUAAUUUAUCCUAUUACAGUGCUGUUCUGAAUUUUCUUUUGGUUUUUAAAAAACAAAACCUGUUGCUUAGAAGCCAUGAACUAUUUUACUUUACUUCAACUUGUCAAAAUUUCCUUGUUUUAAAAAAUCAUUUGGGUUCACUCAGGAAACGCAUGUCAGGAAACUUUGUAUUAUAAGUUGACUAGUUGUGAUGUAUCAGUAACUGCUGUUACUCCUUUUUCAAAGAAAUAUAAUUGAUUUUGAAGUUUUCUAGAUUGUCACAUGCUUUGUGACUAAUGCAAGGAAAUCAAGUCCUGUGUUGUAUUUGUUCUAGUCAUUUCUAUUCAGGCUAUAUAUUGUAGCUGAUUUUUAUUUGCAAUUAAUUUAUUCAAACUGAGUAAAUACUUUUCAAAAUAGAUAUUUGAAUUUGC